AUCAUAUUCACAUGUUGGACGCGAACACUGGACUUGCUGCAGUUCUACCUCCGCCAUAUAUCCAAUAAUACAUGGACCCACGAGCGAAUUGACGGCGAGUGCUCAACGGCUAAACGUGAACGCAUUCUACAAAGAUUUGCAGACGACCCGAACUUACGGGUACUCAUCAUGACUACUGGUACGGGCGCUUGGAAUCCUUCUGUUGAGAAUCAGGCUGUUGCGCGAGCUUUACGUCUCGGCCAAAAGCAGACUGUAUUGGUUACGCGUUAUGUUGUGGAACAAACAGUGGAGCAGGUGAGGUGGCAUGAUCUAGCGUGCUUUUCGUCACUAACAUCGACAGGAUAUGCGAUCACUACAGAAUACGAAGCUUGA